AUGGGCAGGUGCAGUGUAAUAAGCUGCCGGAUGAAAAACAGGAAUACGCAUCAAAAUAUUACUUUGCAUAGAUUACCAGUGCUGCGCGAUGAUGCUUGGCCUUCAAGCGAGUUGUUGUUACCAGCUCAAUUUGAAAAUUGUAAGGAACAAGAAUCUGUUUCUCGCAAGGUGUUGGUAGAGAAACCUAGCUACAGCACUUCUAACUAUGCAGAGUUAUCAUCAGCCCAAUUUAACAAGUGUGAAGAACAAAAAUCCGUUUCUCACAUAGUACGAGAAGAGACGCCAGCAUUUCUAGCUAUUUACCAGCCCCAUGUUACAGGAGUGAGAAGCAACAAACUGUUCCUCACAAAGUAUUUGGAAAGAAACCUGUUUGCAACACUAACUUUAUUGAGGAUCAACAGUUUAAAAUAA